AGGCUAGAAGGAAGCUCGCUACUUUCAGUUUCACCGAGGCCGCGGACAGUUCAGUAUCCGAUUUUCCGGAGAUUUUGUCAGAAGUAAAAGUUAUUUGAAGUAUCAACUUCUAGGUUUAUUGUCCGUCGUCGAUUGCUACAGGCGGAAAACCUUGUUAUCGGUGUGCUGGCCAGUUGUGUGCCGUAGAAAAGUGCUGUCACAAACGCAAAAUUGCUGUGCAACAGCGAAGGGGCCAGCGACGGUGGACAUUUUUAAUGCAGACCCGUGAAAAUCCGGAAAAAAGCUAUUGCUAGCCUACUUGGUUUUUCGCUACGGAGACAGUCGGUAGUGUAGCGAUCAAAGCAAAUCGUGGUAGCAGAAUAUAGCCCAAUCCCUUUUCCGGUGCGCUUGAAGUGCAAAGUGUACGCAGUUUUGACGGACAAAUUCCGGAUCAGAACAGUUUCCAGUCGAUUUCCCCGUGUGUUUCACUAUUCGUCAUUUUGGUAGAGAGUGGCCAUAGCUGUCAUAGCAACGCCUGCCGCACACCCCGCAUGCUCAACGCUUCCGUUUCGUUCGGGUAUUAGCAAGGCGUGUGUGCUGAGGAGCAAGACGCGAAGCAAAAAUAAUAAAAUAUCCGAACGAGCCACGAUUGCGAACUGUCAAGUGUGUGCGUGAAACACACGGUAAAGAGCAAAAUCCAUUGUUUCAUAUUUUCUUCUCUGUCGUUUAUUUUGCCGUGCGAAAGCAAGAAGAAAAGUAUAAUUGGAGAUAGAAAAAAGUUGUGUCGAGGGAAAAAACAAAAUAAAUUAAUACAUGAAAGUAAAGCAGCGAAUCAUAGAAGAAAGUCGCGUGUGAGAAGUAGUGUCUGUCUGAAGCAUAUUAGCGAAAAAAUAAGUGAAAACAAUACAAGUUGCAAGUGGAUAAGGUGUUAGACGAAAAAGCCAAAAAGUCAGCCAUCUAGCCUAGCUUUUAAAAGGAGUGUUCUGCAUUUUAGCAGCUCCCGACAGGUCGCCGCUCGUUUUUGUCCUCCGGUAGUUUUUUGCUCGUCGUGCUUCCCGUGUAGUGUCACCGCGCCGUUAGUCAGCUCCAAAGUUGUCAGUGAUUAUCCAACGUAUUCUUCUUGCAAAGCGGUAACAAAACAAAGCGAAUCAAUGAUCAUGGCGUUCAACGGAAACGGUGCCGGCGGUGGCCAAGACGGGCCGCACAACAAGCGCCUCUGCACCGGUCAGGAGAUGAUCGAGACGGUUCCACUCAACAGUCGGAACAACAACAACAACAUCAACGUCACAGAUGAACCCCGGCGGAAGCGCGAGGUGGCAACCCGACCGAACCACAUCCUACUGUUCACCAUUAUCAAUCCAGUCUAUCCGAUCACAGUGGACGUCCUACACACCAUCUGCCAACCCAAUGGACAAGUGCAACGUAUCGUGAUAUUCAAGAAAAAUGGAGUCCAAGCGAUGGUUGAGUUCGACAGUAUUGAAUCUGCCACCAGAGCUCGCGAUUCUCUGAACGGAUGUGACAUCUACUCGGGCUGCUGUACUUUGAAGAUCGAUUACGCUAAGCCAGAAAAACUCAAUGUUUACAAAAACGACACGGACUCCAGUUGGGACUACACAUUGGCCGCCGCCAGCAAGGAAGCCUGCAAUGGUCGCGCACCAUUGCUGCACGAUCCCACAAUCUUUGGCGGAAGACCGACUCCUUACAAUGAUCGUCAAUCGCUAGAGCCAGCCCUCUUGGGAGCCGGUGGCGGAAACGGUUUUGCCCCGAGCUUUUCGCCGCCUGAGUUUCAUCCGUCGGAAAAUUGGAAGCCUACACCGGCCGGAACACAUGUCGGACUGAUGAAAGACCCGCCCAUAGCCCGGAACGGACCGGCUAACUUCAUCCAACCGGCACAGCAACAGGGUGCCGUCAUGAUGGUAUAUGGACUGGAUAACAGCACGGCUAACACCGAUAAGCUGUUUAAUUUGUUCUGCCUGUACGGUAACGUUGUCAGGAUAAAGUUCUUAAAAACCAAAGAAGGCACCGCCAUGGUUCAGAUGGGAGACGCUAUCGCCGUUGAACGCAGCAUCCAGCACUUGAACAACAUUCCAAUCGGAAAUGAUGGCAGCAAAAUUCAAAUCGCAUUUUCCAAGCAAAACUAUUUGUCAGAAUCAACCAAUCCCUACACUUUGCCGGAUAACUCAAUCAGCUUCAAGGACUACAGCGCCUCAAAGAAUAACCGCUUCCUGUCAUUGACCCAGGCCAGCAAAAAUCGUAUUCAGCCCCCUAGCAAGAUUCUUCACUUCUUCAACACUCCGCCCGGCAUGUCCGAGGAACAGCUGCUAAAUGCUUUUACCAGCAAGGAUUGCCACCCAGCCCAGGUACGAAUGUUUCCGCUAAAAUCGGAACGCUCCUCCUCCGGACUGGUUGAAUUUCCUAGCGUGGCUCUGGCAGUGAACGCCAUCAUGAAGUGCAAUCACAGCGCCAUCGAUCAUAAAGGCACAAAGUUUCCAUUCAUCAUGAAGCUGUGUUUCUCCUCGUCCAAAACGAUGAACGGCGCGUGGAACAACGAGAACAUUGAAAACAUGAACACCAUGGGAGUCGUCCAGGCCAGUCCGAUGUCGGCAGCCCAGGCACAGGCUGCGGCAUCUGUCGCAGCAACCACCGGCGGAGGAAUAACGGUGGUGGGCGGCGUGCAAGUGGGCGAUGAGCCGAUGUAAACCGCCGACACGACUAACUAAGCUAAAAUCAGUCCCGAAACGCCGAAAAAUCGUCAGCUCUCAUCACCCACCAAGCCACUAGGAAACUGAUGCUGCUACUACUCAUAACCAAGCAAAAAUACUAUCGGCGCAGUCAUCGUCGUUGAAAGCUGCUCGUGAAAAAGGUCCUUCCCUGCUCCCCCACUGUUGAAAGGUGAUCGAGAUCCAAGUUUCACAAAUUAAAAAAUUACUGCAUUAUCUUCUUUUGCGUGCGAACACAAAAAUCUUAGAAUAUUUCUUUUGUUAUUUCGAUGAUGGUAAGCAAUUUCAACCAUCCAGUCAGCAGCAGUGUUAGUAUUUCGUCUUCCUGAGGAUCUCGGGAAAUAAUCAACAAUUAUGGUUUCUUUAGAUUUUUUUUGCAGUUAUUGAUUUGUUUUUAGCCAACAUCUUUCAAACAAUAAGGGACGGCGAGAGCAAAGAAACAGAAGAGAGGAGGCAGUGAAAAAAUUGAAAAAAGACAUUAUUUAUUGUUUAGUCUAAGGCAACUGUAGAAGUAGGAUUCCGUUUUCUUUCUUUCUUCCACUUUUUCUUUCACUUUCUUUUAAAAUCUCAGCAGUGCAACUGCCAUCGGAUUUGUUUUUUUUUUCUUACACUGCAUUGGCUUCUAUAUUCUACUCUGUCAAUAUUUUAGUUGGAAAAUAAUGUAGAAAUCUGGAGUAGUACGUCAGAAAGAGAGAGAAAGGUUUCUCAACUUCAGUUCUGCAAACCGACCGACAAGCUAAUGAACAAAAUUUAAACAAAAACCAUUAAUUUGUUACACAUUAAAUAAAUGUAAAAUCAAAGAAACUGUAGUAAUAUUAGUUUCAAAUCGUAUAAUACUGUAAGCAAAAGAAGCUUCAAAGAAACAGAAAAAAAUGUCAAAAAACUGAAAUUGAAAAUAUAAUUUAGCGUUUAAGUUAGUUAAUUUUAGAGUCUUACAAGCAAAACUGUAUAGAAUUGUUUUAUUUGCGAUAAGUCUUUUUUUUUUUGCUCUGAGAACAACAAUCAUCACCCUGAUUCGACACAGAAACACUCUUACACACAUACAUAUACAAAACAUGAACAUAGAACAACACUUAUGCAUAAGUGUAUCGCUACUCAAGCACACACACACUCUGCGAGCUGAAAACAAAUCAAGCACCACUUGAAAACACACCGACACGAGAGCAGCAUCAUUCGUGAGCCUGUCAUGCUCAAUCCCUUCACAGACCGCUGCUGCAAGAUUUUGAACAAGCGUAGAAGGGAAGCUCCUAUUGUUUAGUUUUAUCGAUUUGCGCAAUCAGUUGUUUUGUGGAACGAAACGACAAUUAAAAGAAGAAAAAAUGGAAAAUUUCCAACAAAAAUGUAGAACAAAGCAACCUGUUUCUUCAAAUGUAACUUAGUUGGUAAGACUUAGCUCAUUUUUGUACAUUUUUAUAUACACAUUAUAGGAAACUAAAUCCUUGUUUUAAGGUUAGACGCCACAGAGUGAGACAAACGCAAGACAAAGGCGAAUGCGAUACAAGUUGAUUGUUGAUAAUUUUUGUCGCAGUUCAGCGAAACGCUAGUUCGUUUUUUUUUUUUACUUUUUAUUUCUGAUAGCGAUUAAGUCUCUGUUUCAGUCCCUGUUUAAGUUUUCUUUCUUUGCCACCGUUAUAUCUUUUUUUUUGUUGGUCCUGCUACGAGCGGGAUACGCAACAUCGUUUUUUUUCACAAUCAAUGUUAACAACAAAAUACGCAAGCCAAAAAGAAAUAAUACAAAGCCAACGAAGUCGACAGAAAGAGAUGAAAUUUGUUGUUGAAAUAAAGUAAACCACGAUGAAUGCAACUACUUUAGUCCUCCUACUGAUUGUGAAAGUUUCGUCCGUUUGUUUGCGUGUUCUUAGUUGCUAUGUGUUUUUCAGGUUUCUUUUCUCUUAAGUUGGUGCUACCCUGUUCCCUUAUUUUCGUCCGGGUUUGUUUAGUUCUUCUUUUUUUUUUCUUCGGUUCAGAAGCAACAUAUCCCACACAAGAAAUUUCAAAAAACCAAAAAUCACAGCAGAAACAUAUUUCGAGGAAUAAUUAAGAAGAGAACGCUAACUCUUAGCAUAUUACCAAGAAGAGAAUAUGAGUCAUAUAUAUUUACAAAAAAUGUCAGAUUAAACCAAACUUAAGAAAAGAAAAAGUCUUAAAAUAUUGUAUAAAUAAUGAAGAAAAAAUAAUCAAUAAUGUAUGGUGGUCCAAUGUUGAGAAAAUAUCAUUUUAUUAUUGAAAGUAUUGCGAUAAACACAACAAGAAUAACCAAAUACCAGAUAAAUGAAUUUUAGUGAAAAGAAACAGUUAAUACAACAAAAAACACAUUUGCGAGAAGUUCUAUACAGCUUCCCGUCGAAGGCUAAACGUCGUAGUAGGGACAAUGUCUAACAUGCAGAAACCAAACUGUCAUUUUAUCUAACACAAAAAAAUAAAGUAAUAAAAAAACAGAUCCCAUUGCUGUGAAAAGCAAACAAGGUAGCAAGAAUCAAUUAUUAGUUCAAAAGGCAAUCAACUGUUGUAAUUUUUCUCAAAUCAUCUCUGUCCAGUACGGAAACGCUCGUUCUUAGUCAAGUACCCCCCAGAAACAAAUAUCAUUAUCGUUACUUAAAGGCUGUGGAUGUGCAAAUGUUUUGUUAUGUAUGUGCGUAAGGUAACCGUUAGCAAAAAUUGCAAAAGCAAACGAAUUCUACCCAGUAAAAAAACAAACCUAAUUAUGAGUUGAUCUCUUUGUUACGAUCCACUUCCUCUGCCCCCACCCCCCGAAUCAUUUUGCUCCGCAAUCCAACUUCCCGGAAUUCAAUCUAACUAUUAUGAUGCUGUACCGUAGUAAGAAGCAUGAUUAUUAGGUAAAACUAUUUAAGAUGGAAGCAAACCAACAACAAACUGAUAGGCGCUAAUUAGACGAUAGACGACAAACCAACAAAAAAAUACUAAUAUCAACACCGGAAAGCAAUCAGAGACAAAAUAGUGUCGUAAGUGAGUGGGUGGGCGCGUGAGUGCAUGGUGUACUUGUGCAUCUGCAUUUCUAAGUGCAUCACACUCACCGCCACACUCCUACUCACUGAACACAAGUAUCAAUACGUAUUGUAGUAGCUAAAUAACUUGAAACCCGUUGCUCAAUCAAAUGUUCGAUUUGCUAAUCAGUUUUAGUCGAGUGUUUUUUCGGUUUUUUGUUUUGUGCGUAGAAGUUACUUGUUUUGGAUAAUGUGUUUCGAGAUUUGCAUAUCGUGAGUUUGGUACACUGCAAAAUAGUGAAGAUUGAAUGAGAUACUGAAUUUAGGUGAUGGCUGGUGAGCGCCAUCUGCAUAUCAAUAUUGUUUUUUGUCUGCAUCAACAAGCAGACGCAGUGCGCUGUAGCUCUAAGUAAACGAAAAUUUUUCAUUCGCUUUCUUUCCGGUAAUCUCCAAUUUGCAAAUCUUAGGCUUUAAUUAUCUCACAGUGCAAUGUUCGAAUUAAUCUGUUAAACGUCAACGCACGUUAUUGGUUCGUUUAUCUUCCAGUUUAUCCUUGCAAGGUUCUCUUCCCUUAGUGAAGAUAAGUAGUGAACGUUUCACGCCUAGAGCCUAGAGCAAUUCGCAACAGUAUCAAAAUUUUGGUUGACACCAGAGCAAGCUAAGCUAAAAUGAAAAAAAAAGAUAAAGGAAAUAAAAAAUCUACUGUACUUCCCACCUAAAUAUACACUCUACUCAAAGGAGAGAAUCACUACAAAAAGCAACAAAAAAAAAACGAAAAUACAUACAUGAAUAACAAAAAGAAAAACGAUCACAUACUUUAAAUAAGCAAGAUUAGACGGUAGCGUAAGAAAGUCGCCGCAGACAUUCGUUUUAAGCUUCGCAGUGCCGCUUCGUUUGAGUUUUAUGUUGCUUGGGUUUCGCGGCAAAGACUAGCCCGCGAAGCAGAACGAAAUCAAUCCUAGAUCAAGGAAACAAGUAAACUGAUGUGAAGAGUAUCAGUCAAAUUAGACCAGAGUUUCGAUGAAAAGUGAAUGGAACCAGCAGUAAUUAUACUAAACAAAGAGAAGAAAAAAUGAGUAAGACGAAAAUACACUGGAAUAAACGACAAUAUUGAGGUUAUGUAAACAUAUCUGUUUAUUGUUUUGUUUUUUGACGUUACUCGGUUGAUAACGUAGUAGGCAAGACAUAAUCGACGCCGGCGCCGUGUAAUAAUCAGUUUGACAAGCGAUAAUCAGAUCGGCAGUCCAUUGGAUUUUAGUUCAGACCUAGUGCACGAAAGGUAACCGGAAGUAAUUAGCGAGAUAAUCUUUUUUGAAAAACUUAAGUAAUUUAAAGGGAAGAAAAUACAAAAAAAAUAUUUACUAAAGAAAAAGUUCUAGAGUAAUUUUAGCAGUAUCGUAAACAUUAAAUAGUAACUUUAAACAAGUGAAAGUAGAAAGUAGUUGUAUUUUAGCUAAAUUUGAACGAACGGAAUACAAGCAAGAAAAAAAAACAAGUGGUAAGCAGCAACAGAUUAUCGGACAGCAAACCCAAAACGACAUUGAUUCAAGCAGCAAGCUAGGAUGUGACAUCGAAGUCUGUUUGUGUAUGGUUUACCUGCCAGUUCAAAGCGGAAGCGGCUGGCUUGGAUUCCGCCGGCGAACCGGUCUUCUCAGAAGAAAAUACAUUUCUUAGAGCAAAGUCAAAUUAUAUCCUAUUCCUCCCUUUUUGAACGAGCAAACAGCAGCAAACUUGGAGGUAAAACAAAAAACAAAGCAUGUAUUCAUUCUAAAUGUUCCCAAACAGUAUAUUUAAUGUGUUAGUGAAGCAAAAUGAACAACAUCAACAGAACUAAUCAUUGUAGUGACUAAAUUUUUCUCAGAUUAGCUGAACUACUGCGAAAACUGACCACACGGACGUUUAGGAAGAAAACACCUUUUCGACGGAGACCACCAACUGGAAAUUAAAAAAAAAAAAACAACAGAACUUACAAUGGUAUUGAACGGAAGAAUGGAAGAAAGGCAAGUGUCAAUUAUUUAUAUAAAUAUGUGCCUAUAGAGAAGAACACAAAAACAACUUACGAUAACCGUGAAAUUUUAAAAAAGAAAAAGAAAAAGUUAGCGAAAUGAAAAUGCCCAGCAAAAAACAAGACGCCAGUCCAUCAUCAAAUCACAGAAAAAGAGGGUAAACCGUAAUGCUAACGUGUUCCCCAUCUGAGUCCACUGAAUUUUUUCGUUUAUUCCUGGCUUACUGAACCCCAGCAACCCGGCAAGAAGAACCGUUGCUCUUUCCGAAUUCCACCCACCUAACGCCCAGUAAGAGUAAAAACAUACAUGGGAGAAAAAAUGGUCCAUGAAACAUUUUUGCAACGUGACUACCUUUAUUGAUAACACUGUCCUUCCAACUGAGAGAUUACUUGUUUGUUUUCAUAUUCUUUCUACUAUUCCUUUCUGAGGUUAUGUGCCAAAAAUAAAGAAAAAAAAAACUGAACGAACACAUUAACAGUGCAGAAAACAUGCAAAAUAGUGACAAAAAUUAAAAAGGAAAAUUUUAAAACCGAUUACUAGCGACCAAAGUAUUGAAUAAAAGCUUUUUUUUAAAUUCAAAACCAAA